AUGGCGAUGCCAGUCAUCCUCCUGUCAAUCCUUGCCUCGGUGAUAGGUGACAAUUCGCCUGAACAGAUUCACCUCUCCUUGAGUCGUGAUCCCAACGCCAUGACUGUAAUGUGGACAACACAACAAAAAUCUUCUGAGUCCAUCGUUCUCUACGGAGAACACGAAAUGUCAAUGCGAGUUUUCGCUGUACAAACACCCUUCGUGGAUGGAGGCGAGGAGCAGCGAGUCAUUUACAUGCAUGAAGCCACCCUUCGGGACCUGCAACCGAACAGCACUUAUGGUAAUUUGUGGAGACGGCGUCAUGAAAAUCAGAUUUGUAGACAAAUUGGACAGCUAGCAUAA